UCCGUUGUAAGAGUCAUUUUCCUUUCUGUGACAGACCCUAUGAACGGAAGUAACCAGAAUUACACGCCACCAGAAUACUUGAGAACUGGGCCGGAUUAUGGUGGAUAUUCAGCUAGACCUCGUAGGAGGAAUGGAUUGUCCUCCUCGUUUGCUGUGGUUAGGCAUAUCGAUAUGUUAUCUAUGAAAGUCAUUGGUGCAUCAUAUUGGAUAAUUUAUUUCCAGGAACAUAUCAGAUCAGUCUUUUUUCAUAUGAAACAGGCUCCCAGAGGAGGAGAUCCUGAUCCACGGUUCAUUUUUGGGGUAAGCAAUCCCAGUGGAUUUCUUGGCGUAUCCAGUUUUCCAGCCCCACCACAUUUGCAGAAUCAAACUCAAUACUUCAACAUUGACACAACAAGAAACACAAUACCAUCGCCACCUGCAGCUAUUGCUUUGCCAAGUUUUCAGCUGCAACCGAGUGUGCCACCUGCAGCUAUUGCUUUGCCAAAUUUUCAGCCGCAACCGAGCGUGCAAGGCCCCCAGGACGGGUCCAAAUUAUCUCAAGAAGAGCAAAAGAAAGUCUUGAACAGGCUGAAGAAAGAAGCAUAUAAUCCCGUGACAAAAUUGUCGAGAAGGAAACCAAAUCUGUACUACCGAGAUAACCCACUUACUAUUUCCAAAGAACUAGAAAAAGAGAAGCAUGAAGAAGGUAAGAGGUGUGCCAUUUGCUUGGAAGAUUUUGAGCCUAAAGAGAUAGUUACGAUUACUCCUUGCAACCACAUGUUUCAUGAGGAAUGUAUUGUUCCUUGGGUGAAGAACGAAGGUCGAUGCCCUGUUUGUAGGUUCGCAAUCAGUGAAAGGUUCGGAGAAACUGCAGCUGGCUCUAGCAAUGUGACUGCAAAUGACCAUUUUGGGAACGAUCUGACUGCAAUCGUGAGAGCCAUGGAAGAAGCUUUUGUACCUGAAAACAUGAGGAGGUUUGUGGAGUUCCUUACCUAACAAGGACAAAUUUUUAGUUUGAGCAUACUGUUAGGGAAGUUGUUUUUCUGGAGCUACCUUCUGUGAUUCAGCAAGACAAUACAUUGAAGAAAUGACAGUAUUUGUGUACAGAAUAUAGAUAGUCGUUUGGCAACAAAUGCGAAGAACCGAAGGAAAAUGAGACUCAGUGGAUGCAAAUGGGAUAAUUCCUCUACCACAAGAAGUUUGCGAAUGAGGAAUGGAUUCCAUCAAAGAAAAACUCGGGCAGCAAAGAGUGUUAGUUGCACAGUACUUUAUUGUGAUUCGCAGUAUGUUACUUCCGUGCACAGAUGUUAAUGUCCCAUCCAAUUAUAAAGGUCACAAGCUAUUACAUAUUACUUA